AUGCUCAAGAGAUCAAAUACCGGUGAAGUGAUCUCGCCAGCGCUGCCGCAAAACGACCCAAAUGUGCAGGUCUACAAGCUCCCCUUAAAAUGUGUGAGGAGUAUCGAUGGUCUGGUGGAGGCGCUGCAACAACUGACCGAGAAGCCAGGCGGCUUCAAGGUCGAGAUGCGACACAAUUCCUACAUUGUCACAUCGCAUCAUGAACUCAAGAUUAAAGAUAUUUUGGCUCGCAUUGCGGUUCAGGAGGAUAUAUCAUUGCCCCAAGGCCCCUCUCAGCUUCGUACUCGACAAGGGGUGGAAGGUCACGGGCAUACUUCCGAGUUGCGUCCCGAGCAGGGGCCGACACUCAGCAACGGGAACACGGCGACUGUACCUUCCAAGUCAUUGUGA